AUUGGGAGGAUCAGUUGUCGAAAUGAAGUCAGCCGUGCUUUUUGCUUUGAUCUGUGCGAUUGUUGUGGCCUGUAUUUCGGCCUCGGCGAUACCACCUAGUGCAGUAGACACUCUAGCUGGUUCAGGACUUCGGGCGAAACGCACAUUUGGAUAUGGAGGAUAUGGAGGUUAUGGGGGAGGUUACGGAGGAGGAUAUGGAGGCGGAUUUGGAGGAGGAUACGGAGGAGGUUACUACCCUGUGUAUAGGAAGUCAUACUACAGUGGAUACGGAGGUGGAUUAGGCGGCGGCUACGGAGGUGGUUACGGCGGCGGCUACGGAGGCGGAUUUGGAGGCGGCUACGGAGGUGGCUACGGAGGUGGCUACGGAGGUGGCUACGGAGGCGGAUAUGGUGGCGGAUUCGGAGGUGGUUAUGGUCACGGCUUUUAGUCAAGAUCAUUCCAGUGAGCUAUGUACAAAUCUGAUGUUGCAAUCAAUUACCAGUGACUGUAAAUACUAUUUUUAACAAAAAUAAAAACAAUAUAACAAAACA